UAGAACGCUAACUAAAAUACCACAGAAACGAACAACAAACUCCAUUCAUUUGGAAGCUUUGAUCUUGGCUGAAUAGUGUUUUACGGGRAUUGUUMUAACUCAGARACCCGAAUAUGGCACUUACAAAUCCUAAAAUACCUCCUCGCUUCGCCAUGUCGGACUGGCACACCUCAAACACUGUAAUUAGAACAAAUGCAGAAAGGCAACGUGAAGCAUCCCACCAARUACGACAGGAAGGACGAUGGCUACGAAACGAGACUGAUAACCACACUAGAUGGACACAGCACGAUAGCAAUACCAAGUUAGAGAAAAGAAUUGAUGAUAUCAAUGACUGGAGAAAGAGUUUAGAGAGGUGUUUAGCCGAAACAGACCACGAGAUUGCUUUACUGGAAGUAGAGAAAGAAAGGACGGAGCGAGCUCUCGAAGCCAAGAAAGUACCUCUGGAUAUUGCGCUGGAAUGUCUGAUGCUGAGAGAAAACAGACUUAAUAUUGACCUUGUGCGAGAUGAAGUUGAGGCUCAACUACAUAAGGAGGUGGAAGUCAUCGAAGGAACUAAAUCCUUACUUCAACAAAAGGUAGAUGAAGCAGCGGAACAGCUAUGUUUACUCCAAGAAGCUCGACACCAGCUGCAUUUAGACUUGACUGACAAAUACACAACCCUGCAAAUAGAUGGYGAUUGUCACUCUUUGAACAACUUGUCKGCAAAUAUUGGCUUUCAAGUCAAUCCAACAAGAACCAUCAAAGGAAGUGUCACUCCAGAAACCUGGGACUCUUUCUCUAACUACAAUAAACUCAGAGCUGAAGCUGAGAUGAAGGCUUCCAGUCAYCUKAGAGAGGCCAUUUUUGCAACACUGCAGCAGACAGCAAAYGAUUUAGAAGCUCAACGCAAGGCUUCUGARUAYGCWUUUAGAAAGAGAACACAUGAAAGUCARCAAGCAAAGAGUGAACUSGAAUGGCAGCAAAARAAUACUGAGAAAGAAAUUGCUACACUUGAAGGGGACAUCAAGGAACUUAAAUAUGCUAUCGAUGCUAAAAAUGCACCAAUGAUGGUUGCUCAGACACGUCUUGAGAAUCGUACUUACAGACCCAAUGUGGAGCUGUGCAGAGACCAAGCACAAUACCAGCUGUGCCAUGAAGUUGCAGAGAUCGGCGGCUCCAUCCGUGCCCUCACUGAAAAGUUAAGAGAAUCMGAAAACUCUCUUCAAGCAUUGAGAAGCAACCUAAGCCGUAUAAAUGAGGAUCUUGGCAUCAAAAACAACUCACUUGCUUUGGAGAACAGAUGCAUGAAUGUGAGAGAAAAGAUGAGAGAGAUUCCACAYAGUAUGACAAUGAACCAUCCAUUUGGYCCMCCAAUUGGCAACAAAGAGUACAGUACCAUGAUGAACUCUCUUGGACAGUACACCACAACAACUAAAGACACAACACAACCUGAAAUKAGGCUCCCCCCUGAGACUGGCGGCCAUUUUAAUCCUCCUACAAAGCAGUAUACUCUACCUACUGGUUAUACUGGAAGUCUAAGGACUGUACCAGAAACUGAAAGAAAAGCUCCUGUACCAAUUGCCGAAUAAAUUWCACUUUUAAUCAAUAAAGCUGUGAUUUUAUUAUAUUUCUAAUAAUAUUAUUAUAAAUGGUCUGAGUCAGCAUGGAAUUUUUUUGUAUGAUUUACAUUUUUUUUUAAUUUGGAAAUAUUUUGUAUACAAGCAGGAAGCAGCAGUGCUAGUUAAUGUAGUUUUUAAUGAAGUCAUCCACAAAAGAAUGGUUAAAUACUUAUAAUUGAUUGAAGCACUCAUAAAAGUACAAAAUUAUUACAACUAUAUAAACUGACCAAACUUGUAWAAUAAUGAUAGCAGUACUUAAUUUUCAAUAUUUAUUAAAAAACACAAAAAACAA